UGAAGCUAGUUUUUGUUUUGUUUUUAUUAAAAGUAAACAGAACAAAAAAAUUUAAAAAAAAUAUAAUUAACCAUAUAUUUAUAGAAAAAACUUAUAAUAAUCAAUGAAAAAUGGCUCUACAAUCGUGUGGAUGGGGUGAAAGUAUUAAUGAAUAUGAAGUAAUGAAUUUAUUGGGCAAAGGCGGCUUUGCCAGUGUCUACAAGGCUAGAUGUUUGAAGACUCAGCAAUUGGUGGCUAUUAAAAUGAUUGAUAAAAAGCUAAUACAGGGAGCGGCCAUGGCUAAUCGUGUACGCCAAGAGGUGGAAAUACACUCUAGGCUUAAACAUCCAUCCGUAUUGGAGUUGUAUACCUUUUUCCAAGAUGUGAAUUAUGUUUAUUUGGUUUUGGAGUUGGCCCAAAAUGGUGAACUGCAGCGUUAUAUGAAACAGGUAAUGCGUCGAGCCAUGUCGGAACCAGAAGCAGCCAGUAUUUUGCGCCAGGUUGUGGCGGGUCUUUUAUAUCUACACUCGCACCAAAUAAUGCACCGAGAUAUAUCACUUUCAAACUUGCUAUUGAGUGAGGACAUGCAUAUCAAAAUAGCAGAUUUUGGUUUGGCCACUCAACUCAAGCGACCCGAUGAACGUCAUGUUACCAUGUGUGGCACACCCAACUAUAUAUCGCCCGAAGUGGUAUCACGAGCUUCGCAUGGUCUACCGGCCGAUGUUUGGGGUUUGGGUUGUAUGUUUUAUACUUUGCUGGUGGGUCAGCCACCUUUUGACACCGAUGCCGUUCAAGCCACUCUUAAUCGAGUGGUCAUGUCAGACUAUCAUAUUCCCUCUUAUAUAUCUUUUGAUGCUAGGGAUUUAAUUGAUAAGUUAUUGAAGAAAAAUCCUAUAGAGCGCAUAAGUCUGGAGCAGGUGUUGCAGCAUGCAUUUAUGCAGCGUUUUGCUACAGGAACGGUGGAAAAUGUGGCUGUCAAUAGCACAGGUAGUUCGUUGGGUUACAGUCAAAGUGCUUCAAGUUGUGAUAGUGGUAUCAUAACAUUUGCCAGCAGCAAUGCUUCCAGCGCUUCACGGCACCGUUCAAGACAACCGCCAAUGGCUCAAAUUUAUGAACAUCAAUCAUAUGAUCAUACAGCUCAAGACCAUUUACCACAAAAUAAAGCCUUCCAACCGCAUAUAACCACUUCUACAGCUGACAGUAUGGAUUUAGAUUGGAGAACUCCCUCUUCUCUGAGGGCCUAUUACUCAACACCACAGUUUCAAGUGGAAAAUCAAGAAAAUGAUUUUCAUCCGCCAGCUGCUGUUCAAGCAACAAAUUCCUACAAUUUAGAACUAAAACACCAACAGCAAAAUAUGAUACCCGGCAUACCUAGUGGCAGUAGUAGCCUACGUUCCAAUGAGGCUACUCCCAAAGUGGUAAAGAAGCUCGACAUUAACUCUGAGCAUAUAUCAGUGCCACCUUUAAACACCAAACGUUUACAGCCUACACGCUAUAAGACUAAAAAUGCCAUUAUGAGCAUUUUGAAACAUGGUGAAGUUGUCAUAGAAUUCAUUAAAUAUCGCGCCAAAUACAAUAGCGAUCGUAUUACCGAUAUCUGUUGGAUUUCCACAGAUGGCAUGCGUAUUAUCAUCUACCAACCAGAUCCGGGACGAGGUCUGCCAGUAGGUGAACGUCCGCCAGAUUUACCCACUACCUCGGCUGACUGUAUAUUUUCCUAUGACAAUUUACCCUCGAAACAUUGGAAAAAAUAUGUGUAUGCUGCUCGUUUUGUGGGUUUGGUUAAAAGCAAAACACCCAAAAUCACCUACUACAGCCCACAAGCUAAAUGUGCCUUAAUGGAGACUUUAGAAGAUUUUGAGGCCUUGUUCUAUAGCGGGGCCAAAGUUAUCAAAUCUCCCAGUGAGGGCAUCAAAGUUUACGACAAACAUGGUCGCCAACUUAAUCUUGAAAUGGAAUUGUCACAGGCUCAACCUUUAAUCGAUCAUCAGCAGAGCUGCUUUGAACAUUGCCGUAAAGUUUGUCAGGUUUUAGAGAUGACUGAACUGUCGAGCACUCACAAUACUUUUCCCAUUGUCAUUGGACGAAGGCCAACCACCGAUUUGCAGCCUCAACAGAUUUCUACACAUAGACGGGAUCAAAGCAAUGUUUUGAUGUAUUCGUCCACACCCAAGACGCAACAAGGUUCAUCGAUUAAUUUUUCGUUGAGUACCAUGUCAUCGCUGAGCUAUGAGAGUAAAACGCAGCAACAGCAGCAGCAAAUGGCAGCUCAGCAAAAUGUGCCGAUUAAAAGGGUAACAGUGCCGGGAAUAGGUGUAGCCACGGAGCUUUCCCAUGGUGUUGUACAAGUGCAAUUUCACGAUGGCUCCUUGAUCUCCAUAAUACCAGCGGCCCAGGGUGAUGGCAUUACCUAUACUCAAACAACAGGCGUGUCCACACACUUUGCGCCCCAUGACGAUCUGCCUUUACAGGUCAGAGACAAAAUCACACACCUGCCCGCUAUUGAAAGGCUACUAAAACAAACCAGCAGCAAUAGUGCAGCUGCAGGUGAUCACAAUUAUCGUGCAGCAACUCAACAGUAUGAUUAUGUCUGCAUGACACCGAAAACGAUUGGCCCAGCCAUGGCAACGAAUCAUCAUCCCAUGAAGUUUUUUCGAUAAAAACUUUAAUAACAACUAAAUGCCGGGCAUGAUUAGGGGUGGGAAUUUAAUAAACUCUUCAAUUAUUUUAUUUCUGUUUUAUGGGAAUAAAAUGUAUUAGAAGUUUUUAUAUAUUUUUUUGGAGGCUUAAAGCUUGUUGGGGGAAACUUUUUAAAAUUAAAUUUUAUUUUUUAUUGCAAAAAAACAAAACUUUUCAAUGUAUAAAGUAUUUUUUUUUUUUUAUUUAAAAAGAAUUUUUGUAAAAUAUACAAUAUAUUAGAUAAUUACAAUUUAAUUUAUUUUUUAUAUAAAUUUAAAAA